AUGUGGUCAGCUGAUGAAGUUGCUGAGCUGUGUUACCUGCACUAUCGGACCAGGCUCCCUAAGCAGGGGAAGCCAGAUCCAAGCAGGGAGUGGACGUCACUGGCAGCUGUUGUCAAAGUGGAGUCCACAACCCAAAGAGAGGUUCUUGCUAGUCCAGGGACUGUGCAGGUUACAAAGAAAGUUGUUGCUAUGGGAACAGGAACAAAAUGUAUUGGUCAAAACAAAAUGAGAAAAACUGGUGAUGUUCUGAAUGACAGUCAUGCUGAAAUUGUUGCCAAGAGGAGCUUCCAGAGGUAUCUUCUCCAUCAGAUGUGGCUGGCAGCUUCCCAUCAGCAAUGUAGUAUCUUUAUUCCAGGAACUGAAACUGGGAAAUGGAAACUCAAACCAAAUGUCAUAUUUAUUUUCUUCUCUAGUCAUACCCCAUGUGGAGAUGCUUCUAUUAUUCCAAUGAGUGAACCAGAGAACCAGCUUUGUAAGCCAGCAACUGGAGCUGAUGCUGUUGGACAAUUAGCAGAGUGUAAAAGUAAUCAUGAUCAUUUGGGUCCAGAAGAUAAAAGGAAAUCAGAGAAAAUGGCGAGUGAUCGUAGAAUCAAGAGAAUGAAAACUGAUGAUGAUGGUUAUUUUUCCGUAGCCACUGAAGACCUGGCUGUUCAGCAAGGAUCUGUGGAACGAGAAGAUGACACAAAUCCAGAGAGCUGUAAAGGUUCUGCAGAGAAACAAACAGCUAAUAAGGAGACUGGCUUAGGGAGACCAAAGGUAGCAGAUGUAUAUAGGACUGGAGCAAAAUGCGUGCCCGGAGAGCUGAGUGAUGCCCGGAUACCUGGGCUAGGCUAUCACCGUGUGGGGUUAUUACGAGUGAAGCCAGGUCGUGGGGACAGAACAUGCUCAAUGUCCUGCAGUGAUAAACUGGCUCGCUGGAAUGUGUUAGGGUGUCAAGGAGCUCUUCUGAUGCAUUUCCUGCAGCAUCCAGUGUAUCUGUCAGCAAUUAUAGUGGGGAAGUGUCCAUAUAGCCAAGAAGCCAUGCACAGAGCAGUUAUUGAAAGGUGUCAGCACAUCUCAUGUUUACCACCUGGUUUCCUCGCCCAGAAGGUAAAGCUGCUGCAGUCGGAUCUUCGAUUUGAGCACAGCCGCCAGGCAAUUCAGGAAGCUCGAAUUAACAGCAAAACAAAACUUGUGCCUUGCAGUGCAGCUAUAAGUUGGAGUGCAGUCCCUGAGCAACCCCUGGAUGUCACCUCAGAUGGCUUCCGGCAGGGAACAACAAAGGCGGCGAUUGGGAACCAUCAGAGCAG